AUGUUUUUCGCUGUGGAAUUAUUCCGUACCAUAGAAGCCCUACAUGCCUGCGGUAUUCUCCACGGCGAUCUGAAAGCGGACAACUGCCUUAUCAGAUUAGACGAACGUUUCAAUUCCCCUGUGUCCCGCCUAACUGACGAGUCCGAUUUGGACGCCCAGGCGGGCUAUUCCCCGACAGGCGCAGGUGGCUGGAGAAAUAAGGGGCUAACCUUGAUUGACUUUGGCCGUGGCGUUGACAUGCAGGUCUUCCCGAAAAACGUGCAGUUUAUUGCUGAUUGGAAAAUCGGUGCACACGAGUGUUCCGAGAUGCGGGAAUGCCGGCCCUGGACGUACCAGGUCGAUAUGUACGGGCUCGCAGGUGUCAUUCAUAUUCUAUUGUUCGGCAAGUACAUGGAGGUUGCACCUGCUACUUCUAGUCGAGCCUCGGGUGGAGAGAAUGGAAGUACUGGCAGCCGCAGGUCAGGAGAUGGUGACUUUGGACUAGGCAUGUCCGACGCCGGGAGAACGGGUCUCGGAGCCAAAAAGGCAUAUCGAAUCAAGGAGUCUCUGAAGCGAUACUGGGAGCGGGAGAUCUGGGCUGAGACCUUUGAUUUAUGUCUAAAUCCCCAAGGCGAUAAGUGGGUGCAGAUGGAGAAAGGGAUUCCCUCGCCGCCAAGCUCGGAUAUCGAUGCGGAGGAUGGUGGUGGUGGUCACACUGGCCCUACGCUGCCGGUUCUUAAUUCGAUGAGGUAUAUUCGGGAGAAGAUGGAGGGUUGGCUUGUGGCUAAUGCGGAGAGGAAGGGGUUACAGGCCCAGUUAGCGAAGCUGGAGAGGAUGAUUGCCAAGUAA